AUGUAUGUCAGGCCGAUUCCUCUGUAUUACAAAUAUCUUCUAACUUUCAUUUUCGUCAUUGAGGAAAUUAACAAAGAUCAGACAAUAUUACCCAAUGUUACUCUGGGAUAUCACAUAUAUGAUUCAUGUGCUCAAGAAAAGAAAGCCGUAAAGAGUGUCCUCCAGAUUUUAUCAGGAUCAGGAAAGACAAUUCCAAACUAUUCCUGUAUGGGACAUAGAACGUUAUCUGGUUUUAUUGGAGGUCACAGUUCCCUGACGACAUUGCCCAUGGCACAGAUAUUGGCAGUAUAUGGAUACACACAGAUCAGCUAUGGAGGAACAAGUUAUCUUCUCAGUGACCGCAAAUUCUAUCCAACGUUCUACCGCACAGUACAAGGGGAUGCGCACAGUUAUUCUGUGCUAUCAGGUCUGAUCAAGAUGUUUGGCUGGACAUGGGUUGGAGUUUUAGCUUCUGAUGAUGACAGUGGUAAUGAAGAAUUUCAGAUUCUGACAGAAUAUCUGACUUCUGAUAGUAUCUGUGUUGCCUACAUAAUAAAAGCAAAGUUUUAUAAAUUAGAUGUCUUACAUGAAAUGAAUAAGAAGAGAGCUGAUAUUAUCAGAAAGUCUUCUGCCCAGGUUAUAAUACUCUGUGGGACAUAUUCUACAGUUUUAGCUGACCUUUUAGCAGCUUUGAGAGAAGUUAUCAAUAAUAAGACUCUAGUGUUUGGUCCGACAUUUGCCUUAAUCCCAUUUCUAAUGGAACAUCACAUGGAUGUAUUUAAUGGAAGUUUGGCCCUUCAACCUUCAUCUCUCCCAAUGCUGGACAUGAGAAGUUUCUAUGACAGUUUCCAGCCCAUAAAUCACCCUGAGGACAAGUUGCUGGAACUUAUUUGGCUUUUAUGGAAGAAAUGUUUGUCAAGAGAUAGAAAAAUAAAUAAAGUAUAUAGUGAAGUAUAUGAGAUAUCACUGCACAACUGUACUGGGAAGCAACGUAUAACAGAGUUUCUUAGUUUUCACCUCCCAGGACUGACUGAUCGAGUAUAUAAAGCAGUUUAUUCCAUGGCCCUUGCUUUACAUAAUAUGCAUAUGCACUUAAGGGAAGAGUCUUCCCAAAAAAUACCUCCUCCUUAUGGCUAUAGACAUCAGAUCCCGAUGUCUCAGUGCUCAGAGAAGUGUAAUCCAGGGACCAGGAAAGUGCAGACGUCUGCAUUAUAUUCCUGCUGUUAUAGCUGUGUCCAGUGCUCUGAGGGGGAAAUAUCCAAUGUGACUGACAGUGAAAAUUGCCUGAUGUGUGCUGACCAUGAGUGGCCCAAUGAGAAGAAGACUCAGUGUGUUCCCAAAGAGCUGGAGUUUCUGUCCUACACAAAUGACACAAUCAUUGUUAUUAUCCUGAUAGCAUCUGUUUUGCUUUGUUUUUCAACAUUUCUGAUUAUUAUUAUAUUUAUUUUGUACCAAGACACACCUCUGGUGAAAGCCAAUAACAAGAAUCUGAGCUUCCUGCUCCUGGUCUCCAUCAUGCUGAGCAUUAUCUCUGUGUUCCUGUUCCUCGGGCAUCCUGUAGAUGCCACCUGCAUAUUGCGUCAGAUUUCUUUUGGAGUCCUCUUCUCAGUAGCCAUAUCUUGUGUCCUAGGCAAAACUAUCAUGGUUUAUAUUGCUUUUAAAGCCUCCAAACCUGGAAGUACAUGGAAAAGCUGGAUCAGCACCAAGCUGUCUAAUUGUGUAGUGUUGAUGUGCUCAUCCAUCCAAAUGGUAAUCUGUAUGAGUUGGGUGACUAUCUCUUCACCUUUCCAGGAGCUGGACACUCAUUCUUAUCAUGGAAAGAUCAUUGUUCAAUGUAAUGAAGGUUCUCUUAUUGGGUUUUAUUCUGUCCUGGGUUAUAUGGGAAUCCUGGCAGCCAUUAGUUUUAUUACAGCAUUCUUGGCCAGGACAUUACCGGACAGUUUUAAUGAGGCCAAAUACAUCACCUUCAGUAUGCUGGUGUUCUGCAGUGUCUGGAUCACCAUGAUCCCAGCCUAUCUCAGCUCCAAAGGGAAAUACACGGUGGCUGUGGAGAUCUUUGCAAUACUAGCUUCAUGUGCUGGACUUUUAGGUUGUAUAUUUUUCCCAAAAUGUUACAUUAUCCUAUGGAGACCAGAACUAAACACAAGAAAACAUCUACUUGAGAAAGGAUGUGAUCAAAUAUGA